AUGUUUGUGGGAUACCUGGGCGUAACAGGUCCUAAUGCAGGUUGUCAGAGUCGGGGACUUGAUGCACAAGCACCGUCACAUCUUGUUCUGGAUCACGAAGUCUCAAUAGCCGUUAGUUGCUCAAACUACGGUGACUGGCACCGAAAUUCAAACCUAAACGAAUGGAUAUAUCCUCUUUUGUCUUCUCCCCGGAGAGUUAUAUACAGGCCAUUCGGUAACAGGAUCGUACUUUUGACUCCGCAGCUUCCACGAGUCUUGCCAAUGUCUCUGCGGAAUAUUGCUAUAAGUGACCUCGCCAGUGCUCGUGCUGUCAACAAAUGGACAAUAGAUGGGACAUUCACAAUCGCGAGGUUCCUGGUUCAGAGGAAAAUAGUGUACAUUGUGCCGUCGCAGCUAUCAAAAUGCCAGUUCGCUCCCCGCAAAUGCCUGUAA